AUGCUGACUUAUAAUGAAAUUCUGGGGAUACUCUACCUACAACUAACUGGACUUGGAUUCAUAUGGAACUGCAUCCUUCUGUUCCUAAAUACCAUUAAUUUCCUCACUGAUCAUAGAGCAAGACCUAAAAAAAUACUUAUCAUCCAUUUGUCUUUUUCCAAUGCCAUGUUGCUUCUCUUUAGAGGAAUACCCACUACAACAAGACUUUGGAGGGUGAAAUGUUUCCUAAAUGACCUUGAGAUUGGUAUAAUAACAUAUAUGCAGAUAAUAUCCCGGGGCCUUUCCCUGAGUAGCACUUGCCUCUUGAGUAUCUUCCAAGCCAUCACUAUUAGUCCCAAUGACUCCAGAUGGGUAGAGCUCAAAAUAAAAGCACCAAAGUGCAUCAUGCCAAGCAUUCUUCUUUGCUGGGUUUUUUAUCUACAUUUAGACAUGAUUGUAUUUCUACAAAACACUGGUCUGAAGAAUACCACAGCCAGUGAAGAUGGAUGCAAUACUGGCUAUAGAGCUCUAGAUUUGGGUAAUAAAAAUCAUAUAAAAUUUAUAAUCACAGAAUGCGUCCAUGACAUUUUUUUUCUCUGUCUCAUGGUAUGUUCUAGUGCUUACAUGGUCUUAAUCCUAUACAGACACAAGAGGCAUGUUAAUCAUAUUCAUAGUAAUAGUCUUUCCACAAAAAUAUCUCCUGAAGCCAGAGCCACACAAGCUAUCCUGCUUUUAGUGGGAACCUUUAUUUCAUUUAAUGUAUUUAGUUCUUUUUUUAUUCUACAUGUGUUCUAUUCUAAACUUGCAAAAGAUUGGAUGAUACAUUCCUCAGUCCUCCUCUCUCUAGGUUAUCCAACAAUCAGCCCUUUUAUUUUGAUCAGCACUGGCAACCAGAUACCCAGGACUUGUAUUCAUCAGCAGGUUGAAAGACUAUUGAAAUGCACAUACAUAGGGAAGACUUCUAUAGGCAUAGAGACUUGGAAUGUUUCUGCUGGAAAUGGAGUCCCCUAG